ACCCAGCAUGGUUUACUCUUGUCCUUCAUUGCUAUAAAUGUGCUCGACAGCAGCCUCACCAAAGUCUUCUUUCCUGUCGUUUACAUCAUCAUCUUCAUCGUGGGCCUGCCCACCAACGCUAUGGCUAUAUGGGUCUUCCUCUUCAGAACAAAGAAGAAGCACCCAGCGUCCAUCCUAAUGGUCAACCUUGCGCUGGCCGAUCUGCUCUUCAUCAUCUUGCUGCCACUGAAGAUUGCCUAUCACUUCAAUGGUAAUAAUUGGAUCUUUGAUGAACCUCUGUGUAAAGUGUUGGUGGGUUUUUUCUUUGGCAAUAUGUAUUGCUCCACCAUCUUCAUAGCAUGUAUCAGUGUGCAGCGCUACUGGUUAAUAGUGCAUCCACUUUCCCAGCAGAAGAGGAAUAACCAGGCAGCAGUGUGUGUGUGUGCAUGUGUGUGGGUCAUCGUUUGGCUCAUCACUGUGCCUCUCCACCUGUAUGAUCAGACUGUUGAUGUUGUGGUUAAUGAAAAAAAGUUUGUGAUCUGCCAUGAUGUCACUGACAUGCAGUCACACAUCCCUGUUGGCUACUUCAUGACUAUGAGCAUUGUGGGAUAUGUAGUUCCCUGUGUGGUGUGUACAGUGACAUAUGUGAGGAUGUUCCUCUACUUCAGGAGUUCAAGCAUGCCCUCAGAAGAAGAAAUGAAAGGACAAAAUAAAAGGAAGGCCAUCAUUCUCAUUACGACAGUACUUGUGAUGUUCCUGGUGUGUUUUACUCCUAGUAACAUCAUGCUAAUGGUACAUUACUCUCUUCUAGCUAAUGGGUCUCAGAAUGAUGGUGGUUAUGGCUUCUACAUCACCACUCUGUGCCUGUCCAGCCUCAACAGCUGUCUUGACCCAUUUUUGUAUUAUUUCAUCUCAGAGCAGUUCAGAGAGCAUGUAAAGAACACUCUGAUAUGUCGCAGUGAGCGCACAGUUGAGAGAAUGAGGGUCACAGCUCCGAAGUUCUCUCAAAGGACCAAAUACUACUCAUCUGGCUCUACCCCCACUGAAAGCAGCAAUUGCUAA